AUGGCGCCUGGAGGCCAGAGUCCAGAUCAGCUCUCCAAGCUGGUCCUUGGCUCCGGACACCACCCUGUCCUUCUCCCAGGAGCGACUGCACCCUCGAGGAACUGGCUGCGACUCUACGGCUACCUGCCUCAGCCCAGCCGCCACAUGUCCACCAUGCGCUCGGCCCAGAUCCUGGCCUCAGCCCUCUCCGAAAUGCAGCGCUUCUACGGGAUCCCUGUCACCGGCGUGCUUGACGAGGAGACCAAGACGUGGAUGAAGCGGCCCCGCUGUGGCGUGCCGGAUCAGUUCGGGGUGCAUGUGAAAGCCAAUCUGCGGCGGCGGAAGCGCUAUGCCCUCACCGGCAGGAAGUGGAACAACCCCCACCUGACCUUCAGCAUCCAGAACUACACGGAGAAGCUGGGCUGGUACCACUCGCUGGAGGCGGUGCGCAGGGCCUUCCGAGUGUGGGAGCAGGCCACGCCCCUGGUCUUCCAGGAGGUGCCCUACCAGGACAUCAGGCUGCGGAGACAGAAGGAGGCCGACAUCAUGGUCCUCUUUGCCUCCGGCUUCCAUGGCGACAGCUCACCCUUCGAUGGCACAGGCGGCUUUCUGGCCCACGCCUACUUCCCGGGCCCUGGUCUGGGCGGGGACACCCAUUUCGACGCAGAUGAGCCCUGGACCUUCUCUAGCACCGACAUGCAUGGGAACAGUCUCUUCCUGGUGGCAGUGCACGAGCUGGGCCACGCGCUGGGGCUGGAGCACUCCAGCAACCCCAGCGCCAUCAUGGCGCCGUUCUACCAGUGGAUGGACAUCGACAACUUCCAGCUGCCCGAGGACGACCUCCGGGGCAUCCAGCAGCUCUACGGCACCCCAGACGGUCGGCCACAGCCCACCCGGCCCCUCCCCACUGUGACACCCCGGCGGCCAGGCCGGCCAGACCAUCGGCCCCCCAGGCCCCCCCAGCCUCCACCCCCAGACGGGAAGCCGGAGCGGCCCCCAAGGCCAGGCCCCCCAGUCCAGCCCCGAGCCACGGAGAGGCCUGACCAGUAUGGCCCCAACAUCUGCGACGGGGACUUUGACACGGUGGCCAUGCUG